AUGCAACACGAUCCAUCUCAAGCCGGUCGCCGGCUCUUUGUCAACCAGUGGCUCGAUUCGAUUAUUAUUUCAGAAGCCGAUACACCUCUCGCAUCGUCGCUGUCGCUCCCGUGCUCCGUGAAGAAGCGCAAGCGGAAGUUCGCCCCCCGGUCCGACAUCGUCAACGACAACGACGACCUCGCGGCUCACCAGCCUAUAAUGUCCACGCCGCCGCGGCUGCUGCGGUCGGGGAGGGCCCGACCUUGGGCUACCCGAGGCUGCAUUUGUCCGAUCAUCGGCCACGUCGGGCAGCUGGGCAAGCACCACAAGCACAUCGGCAAGGCCAGAGCGUCGGCACGCAGCAACAGUCCGACCAAGAAGCCGCAGGAGCUCCGCGCGCUCCAGAAGCCCAUCCUCUUCGUCAACAUGGGCGACGGCGCACAGGCGCUUCUUCACGAGGACGUGACGGAGCUGUAUAAGAGUCUGUCCAACAUCACGUACCGUAUGAACAUCUUUCCUGGAGAAGCGGAGGCCGAGAUCAACAAGGCGGCUGAGACGGAGUUCCCCCCGUUCUGCUUCCGGGCUGCUGCAGCCGGCGUAAGAGGAGCACAACAGGAACAACAGGGCGAUGGAAAUGGCCGAACAGGGAUGCGGCGAGAAGAGCAGGAAGACAAGGGGCGGGCGCUGGCCGAGCUACGUCUGCUACGGAAGCUUUUGAGGGCCGCAGUCCAAUGCCAGCACAUGGGCAGCUCAGACGCCGAGCGGAACGUCCUGGUGCACGGUCCUAUCCUCCAGCACGCCUUGGAGAUGCACGCGCCGCACGUCAACACAGCGGUUGUCACGACGGCUGCGAUCGCCAAACCCUUUAUCCCGAGGAUGGGCGAGCAUGCGGCGACCGAGUUCGUGGAGAAGAAGAUGGUCGAUUUUGCACUCGUGCUAGACCUGGCGGCAGCAGCAGGGGAGGGGAACGGAAGACAGGAUUGGUACAGCGACCUCAACGGAACCAUCAACCGCGUUGUCGAAUCCCAGCCCGUAGGCGAAGCGACGGUCAACCAGAGCCUGUACGGCCCGAUGUGCUACCGACCGGUGGCGGUGAGCAUUGAAACGAGGACGGGGGGUGGCGGUUCGUCGGCAGUAGAGGGUCGGACCCAGCUGGCCGCCUGGACGGCGGCAUGGCACGAGCGGGUGAAACGGUUCCAGAGGGAAGGUGGCGAGCGCGUUGUGACGCUCCCGCUGAUCCUGGUCAACGAGCACGCCUGGCAGCUGUCGUUUGCCUGCGACCGAGGGGACAGGCUGGAGAUCGUCGGUCAUAUGACGCUCGGCGAGACCAACUCGCUGAGUGGCAUGUAUCAGCUUGUCGCUGCGGUUGGGGAGCUUGGGAGGUGGAUUGAGGGUCCUUUUGCGAGGUGGAUAGCAAGGAUACUUGGGGGCCCGAGCGUUAUUCUACCGAUGGCCCCCUCUAAAGAGGGGUGCAAUAAUUCGGAGACAUGCCAAAAGUCGGAGACUGUCACCGUCGGCUGCGUACGGCACGGGUUGCGUACGGCACCGGUGAUCUAA